AUGCCGCGCUCCGGGCCGCUCCCCGCCGCCCUCUCCCUGCUGCUGGCGACGGCCGCGCUCCUGCCGGGACCCGCCGCGGCGCAGAACGAACCCAGGAUCAACGCCAGCGAGGAUGUAGUCAUUCAUCUGUAUGGUCCAGCCGUCACAUUGCAGUGUAACCUCACCACAAGUCCCAGCCCCCUUUCUGCCAGCUACUGGGUGAAGAAUGGAGAGGAGAUCCCUGGCACUAGAAAAUCUUCAAACACUACAGAAUACAAGAUUUUGAAGCCCAGAGCAGAAGAGUCAGGGGAAUACUUGUGCGUGUUUGUGUUUUCAAACUCUCCUAUAGCCAACGCCACUAUAGAAGUGAGAGCUACUCCCGACAUCACUGGCCAUAAGCGAAGUGAAAAUAAAAAUGAGGGGCAGGAGGCACUCAUGUACUGCAAGUCUGUGGGCUUCCCACAUCCCGAGUGGGUGUGGCGCAAGAAGGUCAAUGGAGUAUUUGAGGACAUCAACAACUCCUCCGGCAGAUUCUUUAUUUCAAAUAAAGACAACUACACUGAGCUCAGCAUCACAAACCUACAGAUAAAUGAGGAUCCUGGCGAAUACCAAUGCAACGCAACCAACCAGGUCGGCUCUGUCUCGGUCACAACCAUCCUCCGUGUCCGCAGCCACUUGGCUCCCCUCUGGCCCUUUUUGGGGAUCUUGGCAGAAAUCGUUAUCCUCGUUGUCAUCAUAGUCGUUUAUGAGAAAAGGAAGCGGCCGGAUGAAGUCCCAGACGAUGAUGAACCAGCUGGGCCAAUGAAAACCAAUUCUACAAACAAUCAUAAAGAUAAAAACUUACGCCAGAGAAACACAAAUUAAAAAUGCUCAUCACAGCUUUAAGUUUCUGAGAGACUGAUGGCAAUAUGACCUGCUAAAUUUAAGGGUUGGAACUCUUGGUUCUAGAACUCCAGUUCUGAUUUUAUUUUAUUUUUUUUCCUUUUCAAGUGAGCACCAAUAUGACUGUCUAAAGCAUGCCUUAUUUAGCUCUCCUGUAAGGAUGACCUAGCCAGAGAAAUUCUAAUAAUGCUUCAGUGUAGAAGGUGUAAACUAUUUUGGGCUUGAUGUGCUGUGAAUGUUGCUUUUCUUUUUUUUUUUUCCUUUCUCCUCCUUAAUCUAUUUAAACAUUAGCAGUAGCGAGCUGGUUCACGCAUGCGCCAUUUUUUACUUCCUGUAGCUGUUAAAAUUGGCAAAGCUCUAAAACGCACUGCUGCCAUCUCGUGAUACUUUUUGUAAAGUACAGCAAAACUUAAAAAUAUAUACAGUAUAUAUUUAUAUUUGGGGGCAGGGGGAAACCAAAAUACAGUAAUUGUGUUUUCAUUUUUAAGCUGCUGAUAUUCAUUCCUUACUGUAUGUCUGAAAGAUGAGAGAAUUAUACUGUUCUGGUACUUAGAGAAGUAAUAUAAAUUGAAAUUAUCUUAAGGGCUUAACCUAUAUAGAGAGACUUGGGUGUCCUGUAAGCAGACUUCAAAAGCUGGAAUGGUUCGACGUGGUGGUGGUGGAAUGCAGUUGAAAACAAAAACAAAACUUCAGUUUAUAAAUAUAUAUAUAUGAUUGCUUUUUAAGUGAUUUUUUUUUUUUUUUGUUAACUCAUGUAAAUUCUCAAAUCCUUUUGCACUGAUGUGUUCAACAUAUUCUUGUACAUUCAAUUCAGGCAAACUUUUAUAAUUUUCUUUUGUUUUGUUUAAAUGAUGAAAUGUUACAGCAUGGUGAUAUUCUAUGCAACUAGUUAUACUCUUUAGUUUGACACUGUAAUUUCUCAUGAUUUAAAGAUUGUAGAAAUAGACUUAACAGGGUUCUCAUGAUGUGCGUAACUGUAGAUGCAUGAACUUGUGUUCUGUGUAUUUGUUGAAGUGCAAUGAUGUAUAAAAAGUGGAUUCACCUGUUUUUAAAAAUAAAACACUGA